GCACUUUGAUGCAAGGAGAGGAGAUCGGGGCAUGUGCAGCUCGCAUUGGCGCCCAAACUUGGGGUUCAUCGGUUCUUGAAGAGUUGAUGCUUCUUCAAGACCCCGUUUAUUGAGGCUUUCCUCGCCCACAUUGCAACCAUUUCGACGGGGUGCUGGACUUGGCUGGGCGAAAGGGCAAGCUGUUCGUAGCACUUGAUUGCAGUCCCACACUUAGCAGCAGACUGAUCAACCACUGAUUCGUAACGAGGUACAAUUGCCAACUGUUGUGACACGCUACAGACAAACCCCUGAGAGCGGUAGCAGCUACCGCUUUGUUUUGGUGAGCUACCGUAGCUCACCAAAACAACAAAACCCAGAACGUUUGUGCCCACUUAGCGAAUCCCGCAUGGUUUACGAGCAGGUCAAAACGCCCUAAAAGAUGGCCCUGAGCGAGAAACUAGAGGUGGUCCAGCUGCUGAUGCGCAAGGUCCAGCUGUGCGCGGAGCUCGUGCGGCUGUCGGUGCGCUACCUGCGCAACCGCAGGCUGCCCGAGCUGAGCGACGAGCGGCGCAGCGAGCUGCGGUUGUCUAACUUCUUCAUGCGCCAGGUGAACAAGGUUCUGACGAACCUGGUGGAGAAAGCAGUAGAGAUUGGGGAGAAGAAGAGGCGCGGGCCCGGGGGGCUGGGGGAGGAGCAGGAAGAGACGGGGCCGGCAAUUGAACCAAGCGCCCAUAGCGAGCCCCUGGCAGCCGUCCGAUGCCUCGCCCUCUCUUCCGAUGAGCGCCACCUGUUCGCCGGUCUCGCUUCCGGCCACGUUAUUGCCGUCAGCGCGACAACUGGCGGCACCAUAGCGACCCUCGAAAUCGGCGAGGGGCCCGUAAAUGCAAUCGCCCAAAUAACCCUGCGCUCGACUACCGUGCCAGAGGGGGGCCUUGAAACCGCAGAGGAGGAGGGGGGGGGAUCAGAAACGGAGGCGGUUGCCUGCAAGGUGCUCCUUGUCGCUGCUGGGGAAAAAGUGCUGUUCUUCAAAGUGGUUGGUGUGCUCGAAGACAACACCUUCAUCCAAUUUGCAGCCGCGCAGCUGCCACGGGGCACCCACUCAGAGGCCGCCAAACCACCUCCGCCCGUCGCAGCUCCACCCCAACCCCUAAACCCCGACCCCGACCGAAACGGGGGGGACAUUAAAGCCCUGGGACUAGCCCCCGACGCCGGACUGUUCUGGGCAAGCACACGGAAUGGCGCCCUAGCCGUUUUCCCAAUGCCUUCCCCGACCCCCCCCCACAAAGACACUGCAGAAACGCCCCCCGUCACGCAACUCGACGCAGUCUUCCUUCUCCCCCCUGAUUCGGCGGUGGCCGCUGCUGGGUUCGCCCGUUCACACUCUGCUGCGCAGAGUCCAGCGAACGUUGUGAACACGCACGCACUGACCCCUACGAACGAGCUGGUUUGUUUCCUGCUGAGGACUGCUAGCUUCCGAGAAGGAGCCGAUGCAAAAAGCCUCGCAUCUAGUUACCAAUGCGAGCUGUACGUCUGGUGGGGAGGCAGGAACCACAUUCUCAUGUACGACGUCCCCUGGAAAAGCAGUGCUUCUGCUAGUAAGAAAGAGGUCUCAUGUGAGCCGAGAAAGGCGCGGGAGUGGACGAUGCCUCACGGAGUGACAAGUGGCACGCUGUCGGCGGACGGGUCAUUAAUGGCGGUGGGAAUGGGGGACGGGUCGGCGCUGCUUCUGGACCUGCAUCUAUGUCUCACUCACCGACUCUUCCAACGACUGGAAGGCGCCAUAACGGCGCUCGCUUUUACGGGGCAGAGCGCCCACCGACCCCCAACCGGACUUGUGGUUCUUUCUUCCGGGGGGGAGCUGAAAGCGCACAAUUUGACGGGGGAGAAAGCGGAGGAGAAGCUCGCGGUAGCGGUCAGGAAAGGGGUGACCGGGGUUGCGUGCUUGGAGGGAAGCUCGAAGGUACUCCUGUUCUCCGACGACGAGCGGCCAGCGCAGCUUGUUGACGUCAGGACCGGCGCCGUCCUCGGGAGCUUCGCCCCGGGGGAGGGCUUCGCCUGCCCACGAUUUCCGCGGGACGGAACAACGGCUCAGCGGAACGGCGGAACAGCGGAAGAGCAAACCGGAGCAACGGAAAGGCGGAGGGAAGGACCGGCUGAACGGCGGAACCGGAUGUGGGCAUUUUCGGGGGGACACGUGCUUGUCCAGACUGCGCAACGGCUUGGGGGGCAGGUCGAGCGGGUUAAGGAAGGGGGGGAGGGCGAAACACAUCCGGACGGUCAGACGGAAGGGCCCGCGAAUCCAACGGACCAACCCACGUCCAAAGGUGUUGCGGCGUCCGAUUCGGACGCGCCGUCCGAAUGCCUGGUGUUCCACAGCCUGCACAGCGGCGCGCUUUUGUCGCAUUCGGACACUUUCGCGGGGCUUUUCAACGGGCCUCAGCUUCUCGAGAGGAUGCUUCACGACUCCGCGUCUGUACGAGGAAAGCCUGGGGACGUCUCGCGGCGGGCCUCGAUUAUGCAAUCUUCGCCGCGUUCCAAAUCCCGCCACGUGUCCACCUCGUUGCCGCCCACCGAGACCCUCGACCCCUCGGGCCGUCUCCCGUACCCUCCAACCAUGUCCCGCCACGUGUCAGUCCACGAGGCCUCCGGCGACAGCCCCCGUAAUCUGGGGCACUCAUCGCCGCGCGCCUUCCCCUUCAUCCGCGAGAAUUCUUUCGUCGGUGUGAAUAAGCCCCUCCCUUUGAGCCAAGCCUCCCUCGCUGGUGUGAACAAGCCCCUCGCCCAGGGCCAGCUAUCGCUGACCCGGAACAGGGGCGCAUUCACAUCGAGCCCUCGGGGCGACCUCGCGAGCCAGAGCUCCCCCGGAGGGUCGCCGCGAGGGGGCCGUGUAAAGGCCGGGAGAAUCGAGGGAUUGCCCGUCGCGCAAAAGGAGGAAGAACCGCAGAUAAGCGUUGGCUACCGGGACGAUGUACCGGCCAUGUUGAACCGUCUGAGCAGCAAGGGAGGCGGCCGCUUUGCCCGCGAGCAGCGCAUGUGGCAGAGGCGGGAGGAGAUGCUGCAAGAGCUGGCGACCAACAAGGUGGCAGCCCUCACCUAACGUCGCCUGAAACGGCCGCCCGGGGCUGAGAACCGCUAAAUGUGACGGUUUGAGCGGACGUAGCGCGUAGGUAUGACAGUAUUAGCUCGAGGACAAACCAAAGCUUGCACAAGCGAAGCUGCCGGUAGAGGUCUGUCCAGACUGGAAAGAUCUGCCCCUGGCUUUUUUAGCGACAGUGAGUAUUGAGAAGCCUGUACGGGAAUUGGGAGGUUGCACAUGGCUGAGAAGCGUGCCCGUUGAUGAUGGACAGCUCUGUCGAAGCUAUCUAAAAUACCUACUAACAGCAUAUCGCUAUGGUUUUGUGGACCGAAAAGAAAAGUGUGUUGAAAUAUUGGCUAGCUAUCAGUGAGCCUGGAUUUGCUCUAAUGGUCUAUAAUAUUGAGGUAGCUGCCGGAAAGUAAAAUCGAUUUGUUUAUAGUUGGACGUGUUGUUGCACAGAGACCCUCCAUCAUCCUGCUUCCUUGUGCCUUUCUGCGGUCACAACCC